AAUGUUUUUUCAAUUAAUUAUUUUUAUUUGUUUUUAUUUUUCAAUUAUUACAACAUCAGAAUUAUUAAGUAAAGAAAAUAAAAUUGCAGAAUCUAUUAUUGAUUUUGGUGCAAAAACGUGUACUUUAGCUUUUGAAUGUUGGUCUACAGAACCUGUAAUUGAAGAUGGAAGGCCUUUAUUUAUGCCAUAUAUUGCAAAAAGAUUAGAAAUUGGAGGUGGAUUGCAUAAUAAAAGUGGGAAAGGAAAAUGUAGAUGUAAAGAAGGUCGAUGUAUGUUUUACUCAUUACCAGAGAGAAUAUUUUAUGAAUGCCAAGAAAUUUAAUUAAAAAAAUAUUU